ACCAAGUCCAACUCGACCUGGUCAACCUUGCAUCACAGCAACAAGAGCAAACAUGGGUCGCGACAAGAAGAUUGCCAACGCCAUGAAGCGGUCAGAGGAGCACCGCAAGGCGCGGAGGGCCAAGGAGCAGGUCAAGCUCAAGCGCCGCAUGGAGCUUCGCAAGGCCGAGAAGGGAGAGGGAGGCGAGGAGCUCAAGAAGGAGCGUCUGGCCAAGAACAUUCCUCGCACGAUCGACAACACGCGUGUCUACGACCAGUCCUCGUACCUCACUGCCGACCCCGCCGCUCUUCGUGCUGCCGAGGAACGCGCCGCCGAAGCUUCGAGGCUAGUCAACGCUCCUGUCGAGGAGGACGAGGGCAUGGACGAGGAUGAGGACGAGGACGGUGAUGAUGAGGAAGAGGAGGACGAGGAGGACGCCGUCAAGCCCUCUGCGAAGGGCAAGGGCAAGGCUGUGGAGGAGGGCGACGAGGAGGAGGGCGACGACGCGGAGGGUGGUGACGACGCUGAGGAGGGCGCAGAGGAGGAGGCCGAGGCUGAGGAGGAGCAGCCAGCUCCCAUCCCCACCGGCCCUCCUCGCAUCCUUAUCACCACGUCUCCUGGACCCUCCAAGCCGACCUACGCGUUCUGCGACGACCUCAAGAGCAUCUUCCCCGGCGGCGAGUUCUUCAAGCGGCCAAAGGGACGAGGAUUCGAGCUCGGCCGUGUCGCGCGAUGGGGAGCGAAGCGUGGCUUCCAGGCUGUUGUCAUUGUCAACGAGGACCACAAGGCGCCAAAUGCCAUCACCCUCAUCAACCUGCCUGCUGGCCCUACCGCCUACUUCAAGCUUAGCAGCGUGCAGCUGGGCUCUGAGAUCUACGGACAUGCCCGACCAACGGCCCACUCUCCUGAACUCAUUCUGAACGGCUUCACGACGUUGCUGGGUAACGCCGUCGGUCGCAUGUUUGGCACCCUCUUCCCCCCUCUCCCUCAGUUCCGCGGUCGCCAGGUCGUCACCCUGCAUAACCAGCGCGAUUUCCUCUUCUUCCGUCGUCACCGAUACGCCUUCACCUCGGCGACUUCUGCCAAGCUGCAGGAAAUCGGUCCUCGAUUCACCCUGAAGUUGCGAUGGAUGCGCAAGGGUCUCCCAUCCGUCCGUGCUGGUGACGGCCGCAUGCCUAGCGGUGGUGACGCCGGCGCCGAGGACGAGUACGCCGUGGAGGACGACUCGGAGACCGAGGCGCAGGAGAAGAUGGACGAGGACGAGGCUGCCGCCGAGUUUGCUACGGGCAAGGCGCCUCCCAAGAACACGACACCAAGUGGCCAGGCUAUCCCUGCUCUGGACGAGGAGCAGGAGUACGAGUGGAAGUGGAAGAAGCUCAUCCCCCAGCUGGACCGCCAGCUGGCCCUGCCCCUCCUCGACCACCUCGAGGCCUCUGGCCUCUUCCCCGCCGUCCAGGUGACCAAGGCCGAGUAUGACCUCGUCAAGGGCACCAACAUGGUCGACUACAUCGAGGAGCUGUACGAGAAGGCCAAGAGCCAGGGCGCGACCGUCGAGGCAAAGGACUUUCAGAAGCUCCGUGAUGACGCGACUGUCCGUUACAAGACCCUCCAGGAGGCUGCCCGCCCGAUCAUGAAGGUCAUUGAGGACCCCGAGGCUGUUGACAAGCUCAAGAGCAACGUUGACAAGGAGAAGAACCUCGAGCUCUUGAAAGCCGAGUACAACAUCUCGUUGGAACAGAUCAACGCGCUUUACCACUUUGGCCAGUACCAGUACUCGCUCGGUGCGUACGCCGACGCUGCCAACUUCCUCUACCACUUCCUCAUCUUCUCGCCCUCUGUCGAGCUCAACACGUCGGCUCACUGGGGCAAGCUUGCGUCCAACAUUCUCAACGGAGAGUGGGAGGCCGCCCUUGCCGACAUCAAGGACCUCCGUGACCUGAUCGACAACCCCCACUCGCAGGCCCAGGCCAAGCCCCUCACGCAGCUCCAGGCCCGCACCUGGUUGUUGCACUGGUCGCUGUUCGUCUUCUUCAACCUUGGAGAGGGCCAGGGCUGCCAGAGCCUGCUCGAGAUGUUCCUCUCGCCCGCCUACCUCAACACCAUCCAGACCUCAUGCCCCCACCUCCUCCGCUACCUCGUCGCCGCUGCCAUCAUCUCGCGCCGUGCCCCCAAGCCGGCCGGCAGCCGCUCGAACCGCGACCACGUCAAGGACUUGACGCGCAUUGUCCAGAUGGAGGAGUACCAGUACUCUGACCCCGUCACCGCCUUCCUCAAGGACCUGUUUGCCGACUUUGACUUUGACAAGGCCCAGCAGCGUCUGGCCGUUGCCGAGAGCGUUGUCCGCUCCGACUUCUUCCUCAAUAACUUUGCCGACGAGUUUGUUGAGAACGCCCGUUGGCUCGUGUCCGAGAUCUUCUGCCGUAUCCACCAGCGCAUCGACAUUAGCGACCUGUCCAAGACGCUCAACCUGUCCAACGAGGAGGGUGAGAAGUGGAUUGUCAACCUUAUCCGUGACUCGCGUAUGGGUGUCGACGCCAAGAUUGACCUCAAGUCGAACAUGCUCCACAUCUCGAGGCCGCACACGACACCCACGGCCACGCUCAUUGAGACGACUCGUGGCCUUGCGUUCCGGUCGCAGGCCAUCCAGUACGCAAUGCAGAACACGUCGGAGCAGAGGUCAGGCGAGCGCGGCGAGCGCGGUGAGCGUGGCGGCCGCGGUGGCCGUGGUGGACGUGGCGGACGAACGGGCGGCGACCGCCAGUCGCGACCAGCCCCAGCGGCUGCUGCCGAGAGCGCGCCUGCGGGCGAGGUUGCUGCCUAG